AUGGGACGCAGACCGAAUCCCCUGAUCCUCGAGUACUUCGAGCGCGGACCCAAGUUGAACGACAACAGCAAUCGAUACCCUCAUACGUGCAGGCAAUGCGGAGAGAACUUUCCCAAAGGUCGUAUUGAUAGUUUGACAACCCACAUCACCAAGCGAUGUCCUGCCAUAUCCGACUCGGAACGCAUGCGAGCCUGUCUUGAACUUCAUGGCAUCACACAAGCUAGAACGGCUGCCGAGCGACAUCAACAAGUGCAGGCGGCCCAGGCGGCGGCCCAUGUAGAUGGCCAGCAGGUAUCUCCAAGUGCACUUCCGCAGGGAUGGAGUGCGCUUGAGACUCUGGCAGAGGCCUCGCGCCAGGUAGACCUGAAUGAGAACAAUCGUGGGAGUAAGCCCCCGGCGGCGGAACCACAAGCAAACGGCGUCCAGAACGGGGACCGAUUCGAACUGCAGGAGCAGUAUACUCUAGACAAUCCGCCUACUAGCUACGAAACGACCCGGGCGCAGGCCAACGGCAAGAAGGGCACAACUGUCUUCCAAACACCCCCCCCGACCGCCACAGAACUAUCUCCGGAAGAAAGACUUCAGGCCCUUCUGCCAGCGAGCGAAUGCUCUCCCGACGCUGCUAAUCUCUCCGUCGCCGUGGCCGCUGCUGCUCGACUCAACCCGUCCUUUCUCGACCCUCAACUCGUCAAUGGCGAUGCGUCCCCUACAUCUCCAUCUGCGGCGGAUAGCUCCGCAGCCGCUGCGGCCGAAGGCACCCCUACCACGGCCGUCGAUGCUGUCGCUGUUCAACCCUGGGGAGAAAUGACCUACUUGACAGCUGCAUCUUCAGCUCGCCUUCUUGCCGACAAUCCCCCGGUGGCGCCUUUCCCUGUUAGCCGCGGUGGCGUUCGCAUGGACACGAGUGCAGGAGUACUCAACGGGCGAUCCCGUCACUUCAGAUCCAAGUUUACUCCUGCCAGGCGUCAAGAAGUCAAAGAAGUUCGCAAGUUGGGAGCUUGUAUUCGCUGCCGUAUCCUCCGUAAGAUCUGCAGCAAAGGCACACCAUGCGACACGUGCCGCAAGGUUCUUUCUCCCCGUGUCUGGAUGACGGGCUGCGUUCGCUCGCGCCUACACGAGCAACUAGACCUAUACUCCGCCGGAGUCCAGGUCGUGUUAUCCCAAAAUCGCAUCAACAUGCUCAAGGAGCAACUGAAGCUGGUAAACAAUGGCGCCGUAGUCGAAGUGUCCCACUUUGCAGAAACCAACAAGACAAUCAUUCUAGCCGCGGCUGCUGCUAUAUUAGAGCCGAUACAGCAAGAAGGCGUCACGCCCGAGACCCAAGGGCCCCUCCACCAAGUCAUCAUGAUUGACCAAGACAAGGACGACAUGCCCGGAAAAGUGGAAAGCUACAUGCGUGACGUGCUGGACCUCUUCAUCGAGCGCGAGCCGUCCAAGUUCAUGCGCGUCACCCUCGAAACGGCCAAGUCACAGCUCGCUGACAAGGCGGACGAGCCGCUGAAAAAGGCUCUCGAGCUAUGGGGGCUCGUGGAAAGCAUCGACCGCGAGCGGCAGUGGAGCAUCGUCGAAAAGCCCAGCGCACACUCGGACCACGGGCGGCCCAUCAAGGAGGCGGAGAACGAAAACGACGCAGACAUCUACACCAUGAUGUGCAUGCAGCUCAACGCCGCCGCGGAGCGCAAGGCGAACAGCACCUCCAAGGCCCUGCUGAACCUCAUGGACCGCCAGCUGGCAGACAGCAAAACCAAGGUCGGCUUCAGCAUCUUCCUGACGGCCCUGAUAUUUCUCAACUGCGUCGAGAAGUCGACGUGGGCGUUCAAGGCCUGGGAGCAAGACCACCUGCGUCCCGGCUGGCCGCUCGAGCGGGACCCAGGCGUCUUCACCCAGCAGGGCGGCAACCUGGCCGGCCUGAUAAAGAUGCUCCUGGGGAUACGCAAGGCGCUGCCGCAGACGUGUCGCGGCGCCGAUGGCAAGCUGGCCACGCUGGACCAGGACGCCGUCGUCGUCAAGUACUUCCACGACCUGGACAUGGAGUAUGAUACAAUCGAAGCGCGUCAGCGCGGCUCGCAGUUCUCCCCUGCAGACUCGCGCUCCCUCGAGCUUAUGUUCUGCUCGCACCUGCUGCUCCCCAAUGCCCCGGCUUGA